UUUCGUUUGUUGGAAGAGCUGGAGGAAGGACAGAAGGGUGUCGGUGAUGGGACAGUGAGCUGGGGUCUGGAGGAUGACGAGGAUAUGACUCUCACGUUUUUUCUCAUUUCUCAGACUAAUUACGAAAACAGGAUAUACAGCCUGAAAGUGGAGUGCGGACCUAAAUAUCCCGAAGUACCACCGACUGUUAGAUUUGUAACAAAAAUUAGCAUGAAUGGAAUAAACAAUUCCAAUGGGAUGGUGGAUGCACGUAGCAUACCAAUUCUAGCAAAAUGGCAAAACUCAUAUAGCAUUAAAGUCGUUCUUCAAGAGCUAAGGCGUCUUAUGAUGUCCAAAGAGAAUAUGAAGCUUCCUCAACCACCGGAAGGACAGACAUACAGCAAUUAAUUGUAAAUGAUUGUUAUGACCCUCUGUCUUAAACCUUACUCUCUUAGAAAUGUCUUGUAAAUCAUCAGAAAAAGAAAAAAAAAACAAAACCAAUAUCGCUCACUCCACGCUCAAACAGCCUCCUCUGCGGGAGCACGAUUGGACAUUUCUAAUAGUUUAGCUUGAGAAACAAAGAAAGGCAACGCCUAUAUUGUGUGGCACUAUGUUCAAUUCUGUUUUAAAGUUACGAGUGCACAAAUCUCUCUCUUCCAGUAACAUUUACAUCGACCACGAGCUUUAUGACGAUGAGCUGAAUCCAGUCAGCAUAGACACAGAAAGAAGGCAUGCUAGGUGAGGUUUAUGCAGAUCUCUUCAUUUUAAGUUAAAAUAACAGGACACCAAAACAUCAAAAAAAAAAAAAAAACACAAAAAAAAAAUUAGGAUGCAUAUACAACGGCAUGCUUAUAAAACAGAAAAAAAGAGAAAAAAAAAAGUAAAAAGCAGCUGAGUAAAUUGUAAGUUAACUGAACUUUUUUUUGUGUGUGUAUCUGAACCC